AUGCCAAUUCGGCAGCAUAUGAGGAUGACAGCCAUGAAAGGGAUGGCCGGCAUGGAUAUCUUUGCAGUUUUUGCAAAAGGAGUGGAUGCUGAAACCGUUGUUUUGAUGAUCGCUCAAGCUUCAAGACUGGAAAAUCAAGAUGCAAUAGACACCGCCAUAGUUGCGACGCUAGCUGAUCCAAAAGAGGCACGUGCUGGUGUAGAAGAAGUGCAUUUCCUUCCAUUAAGUCCUACCAAUAAGCGGACAUCAGUGACUUAUAUUGAUCAAGAGGUUAAAAUACAUAGAGUGAGCAAAGGUGCACCAGAACAGACCCCAAACCUGGCGCACAAUGAGACCGACUUUAAGCGUAAGAGUUCGAAGCCAGAGCUAUCCUGCAUAAAUGAAGAAAAUACAAGCUUGAAUGAUAAGAUAUUGGGAUUUCCAAAAGAAAUAGAGUGA